UACCAUUCUUUCCCGAAAGGCAAACGAUAUCCAAUUUCAUCAAUUCAUCUGAAUUGCUUCCCGACCCCCCACACGAGUACUCCCCUGGUCCCAUUCCUGUCUUUCGCUCCAACUCCAAACUAAAACCCUUUUGGCAUUUGCGCUCUCUCUCUCAUCGGCCGUAUGAUCCGUACAUUUACUGAUAUCUGAAUCUCCAAGUGAGCAAUGGCACGAGUGCCGAAUCGGGACUCACCAACCUACAACUCGGGGCGGAGACUCGGAUAAUGGAACUCGCCGAUUCAAGCGGCAAACUCAAAGACCAUACUUACUCCAACUCGAAGCCCUCUGAGGCUCGCUCUGGCCUUGGAAUCGAUCUCAAUGAGAUCCCCUCCCCUACUCUCGUCGAAACCCUACCCGAUUCUCUGGAUGUGGUCCGGGCUUACCACGACAACCCUCCGCCGCCUCCGGAGGGACCGGCUGGGCUCCCUGGAGAGGACGACGCGCGGGACCCCGGGGCGUGCGCCGCGUGCGGAAAGCCCGAGGUCAGUGGCCACGUGGUCGUUUGCGACGGCUGCGAGCGCGGCUUCCACUUGUGCUGUACAGGAAUGCAUGGCCGCCCGGCCCCGAACUUGGACGAAUGGGUAUGCACGGAAUGCGAGUCCAGUGGGGUCAAGAGCAAACGCUGGCCCUUGGGCGUCAAGUCCAAGUGUAUUUUGGAUAUGAACGCCUCUCCCCCCAGCGAUAUCGAAGGAGACUGCGACCGAGAAGGCAUGGAGGUCCUGGAUUUGAGAAAACAAGCUCCAGAUGAUAAUCCUUUUGGUGGCAAUCCAUUUGGUGCUCCAGUUACCUCUAACAUUUUGUAUGCGGGAAAUGGCUUUGGCUUUCAAAAAGCUUCUGGGAUUUUGAGACACACUGUCAAACUGGGUUUUGAUGAUAUUCUACAUCAUCCGAAGGUUUUGACUAGAAGACUUGAAGUGGUGGAUUUGGAUUCCCGAUUAGGAAUGCGUACGAGUAGUAAUAAUACAGCUGUUAGGCUACCAUCUCGGAAUCCAAGUGAGAUAUUUUUGCAGGCUCUUGGAGAUUUUGUAUCUGAAAGACAUGGUGUAUUGGAGGAAGGUUGGCAUGUGGAAUUUAGACAAUCAGUGGUCAAUUGUGAACUCUAUCCAGUUUACUGUGCCCCAGAUGGGAAGAUAUUCGAUUCCGUUUAUGAAGUUGCUUGUUAUCUUGGAUUGAUGUCUAACAUCAAUUCUAUGGAGCUUGAAGCAAGAAGUGAGGGGUCUCAGUCAAUAUCAGGAAAGUCUCAUCUGUCUAGGAAAAGAAAGCCAUCAAGAUUUUCAACUGCAAAUGGUUCUGCUGAAAAUAAGAAAAUUUUGAUCAGCGAUAAUUGCAAAGAGAUCUCGUCCAAUGGCCUGACCAUGGAAGUCUGUGCAAGUACAGUUGGUAAUAAUGUAAACAUUACAGAAGUUGGGACAGCAGUGAAUACUGACCCUGGGUUUCAGCAGUGUAAUAAUUGGCUUCCUGUGCAGUUCGAAGAUUUCUUUGUUCUUGCUCUGGGAGAAGUUGAUGCUAGGCCAUCUUAUCAUAAUGUUAGCCAGAUCUGGCCUGUAGGUUAUAGAUCCUGUUGGCAUGAUAAGAUUACUGGUUCUCUUUUUAUGUGUGAAGUGGCAGAUGGUGGUGAAUCUGGACCUAUCUUUAGGAUCAAAAGAUGUUCAUGCUCGUCAUUGCCCAUUCCAUAUGGGAUAACUGUCCUUUGUAGUUCAAACAUUUUUGUCGGUCAAGCUAAUGAAAAAGGUGAUGACAGUACUUCUCAUUAUAUGGAUUGUGAUUAUGAUGGCAGCAUUCAGAUGAUUCUCUCAGAAUCAUGCCCGCCUUCGGAGAAUGAUGUUUUGUCCUGUCUUUGGAGAUGUUCAGAUGGAGCCUGUGAUGUUCAGACACCAAACAGAUUACAGGUUGAAGCUAGUUUAAUUGAUGACAAAUCUGGAUCUAUUUUAUCUGGUGAAUUGAGUUUGAGAGAUGAAAUUGGUGAGAUUUCAGCAGAAGAUCGAUCGUUGUCUUCUGCAUGGAGGAUUGUGUCUAGAAAAUUCAUUGCUACUUGUUCUGAAAUCUGUAAACAGAAAGGCACCUUAAAGUUAUUCUGCAAGCAUGCUGAAAAUGAAAUAGGAAUACCUAAUUGUGAUGCAACUACUAACACAAACAAAAUGAAUUUGACUUCACUAGCUAAAUUUUGUGGUCAACCGAGCUCUUUCACUAUUCCAUCUGUCUUUCAGAGCGACAAGGAGCUGGACACUCCACUUGAGGUACUGGAGAAAUGGUUGGAGCAUGAUAGAUUUGGAUUAAAUGCGGAAUUUGUGCAGGAAAUCAUAGAACAGCUUCCAGGGGUACAUGCCUGUUUGCAUUAUGAAUUUCUGACUAAUAGAGGUAAUUCUUCUACAUCAUUAACUGUUGGAAAUGGUCUCCUCGUGGUUAAAUUGAAAGGUAGAGUGCAUCAUAUUGAAGAUGAAGAAUUAGAUGGUUUAUUUAGGAGAUCCAAAAAGGCCAGGCUGGUUGAAAACCCUGUCAUGUAUGAUCCUCCUCCACCUGGUAAGCCCUUGUGCUUGAGGAUUCCUUCUGAACUUGUUGGUGAUGUUUAUCAGGCAUGGGAGUUACUAUGGCGUUUUCAUGAAAUAUUGAGUCUAAAAGAGCCUUUAUCGCCAGAAGAACUUGAAGAAGAACUCAUCAACCCAUGGUCAGGUGGUGAAAAUCUUCUAGAAAAAUUUGGAAAGGAGAACCAGGGGAGUCAAGGUGUACAUUCAGAUAGAAUUGAUCGUACAGGUGGAUUAAUCUUAUCCCCAAGCUGUGAAUCUGGUCCAGCCCUAGAAGAGGAAAGCUCACAUGAGUUUAUACGAAUGGAAACUGGAGAAAAGAUGGAAGCAACUCAAGCUAAAUAUGCAUCUUUUACUUCCAGUAGAUGCUCUGGUGUAACUUUGACAAAGGCUCACAAGUCACUGCUAAGAGUGCUGGUAGGUGAGCUGCAAUCCAAGGCUGCAGCACUACUAGAUCCGAAUUUUGAUUCUGGAGAGUCGAAAUCAAGACGGGGAAGGAAGAAAGAUGUGGAUAGUGGUAUUCUGGCAAAAAGAACUGAGAUCAAUAUGCUCCCUAUUAAUGAACUAACUUGGCCAGAAUUAGCUCGAAGAUACAUUUUGGCUGUCUUAUCCAUGGAUGGUAAUCUUGAUUCUGCUGAGAUUAUGGCUCGCGAAAGUGGUAAAGUCUUUCGCUGCUUGCAAGGUGAUGGUGGGGUGCUUUGUGGCUCACUUACUGGAGUGGCUGGGAUGGAAGCUGAUGCUCUUUUGCUUGCAGAGGCUACAAAGAAAAUUUUUGCUUCUUUGAACAGAGGAAAAGACAUUCUUAUCAUAGAAGAUGAAGGGUCUGAUGCAGAUGCAACUGUUGGUGCUGAAAAGAAUAAUGUGAACGAUGGUAACAUCCCAGAGUGGGCGAAGGUGCUGGAACCAGUUAGAAAAUUACCCACAAAUGUGGGAACACGAAUUAGAAAGUGUGUUUAUGAUGCUUUGGAGAAAGCUCCGCCAGAGUGGGCAAAAAAAAUAUUGCAACAUUCAAUCAGUAAGGAAGUGUAUAAGGGCAAUGCCUCUGGGCCUACGAAGAAAGCUGUUCUUUCAGUGCUAGCUGAUGUGUGUGGUGAUAAAGUGCAACAAAAGUCAGUAAAGGGAAUAAAACGGAAGACUGUUGUUUCUAUAUCUGACAUUAUUAUGAAACGUUGUCGUAUUGUAUUACGUCGUGCUGCUGCUGCUGAUAAUGCAAAAGUUUUCUGCAAUCUGCUGGGGAGAAAACCAAUAAAUUCAAGUGAUAAUGAUGACGAGGGUUUUAUUGGAUCUCCAGCCAUGGUAUCUCGUCCUUUGGACUUCAGGACCAUCGAUUUGAGGUUGGCAACUGAAGCCUAUGGUGGAUCUCGGGAAGCUUUUCUUGAGGAUGUUCGGGAGUUAUGGAACAAUGUCCGAACUGCUUAUGGAGAUCAACCUGAUUUUGUUGAUUUGGCUGAGACAUUAUCUCAGAAUUUUGAAGUAUUAUAUGAAAAGGAGGUUGCCACUGUUGUCCAGAAGUUUGCAGAGUACACUAAAUUGGAAAGCUUUAAUGCUGAAACAAGAAAGGAAAUAGAUGAGUUUCUUGCUUCUGCUACUGUGAUUCCCAAAGCCCCCUGGGAUGAGGGAGUUUGCAAAGUUUGUGGCAUUGAUAGAGAUGAUGACAGCGUCUUAUUAUGUGACACUUGUGAUGCUGAGUAUCAUACUUAUUGCUUGAAUCCUCCACUUGCAAGGAUUCCUGAAGGAAACUGGUACUGCCCUUCUUGUGCUGGUAAACACAUCAUUCAAAAUCCAUCUGAACGCAUUCAGGUCAUCGACCAACAGAGUAAAAGGCAUCAGGGAGAAGUUAGCCGUGUUUACCUGGAAGCCCUUACACAUAUAUCCUCUGCAAUGGAAGAGAGAGAGUAUUGGGAUUUCAAUGUAGAUGAGAGAGUAUUCCUGCUCAAAUUUUUGUGUGAUGAGUUGCUUAACUCAGCUCUUAUUCGUCAACACCUUGAGCAGUGUGCCGAGUCAUCAUCUGAAUUGCAGCAGAAAUUUCGUGUGCUCUCUGUAGAAUUGAAGAAUCUUAAGGCCAAGGAAGAAAACUUGGCUGCACGAGCUGCAAAGGCUGACAGCACGAAUAAUGUUGUUGGGGAAGUUAGUAUGAAGGAAGGUGGUGCUAACACACUUGCAAAUGGUUUUGAUAAACAUCCAUCUGUAUCUAGUUCUGACAAUAACAUCCAAAUCAUGAAUCCAUUAGAUGCUCAAGUUCAUUCAAAAGAUGUUCAUGGUCCUGUAGAUGACAGAAAAGCAACUGGAAAUCUUUUCUCCUGCGUGGUUUCUCAAGAGACUGACAAAUCCAUUAGGCCAAAUGGGUUGCCUGCGUCACAUUCUUUAUCCCAGGAACUUGAUGGCUUCGUUGGAGAAAUCCAUUUUCAUGAUAGCCCACAAGAAUAUGAGAGAAGAGACAAUACUUUGCCUCCGUCAGAUCAGCAAGGACAUUUUACUCCUACCAUGGUGAGCGUUCACCAAGCUCAAAUGCCUGUUGCUGCAAAUGAGUCACAAGCCUACUACCUUGAGUUGAACUCUGUUAAGAAUGAUGUUGCACUUCUGCAGGACUCAAUUACUAGUAUAGAGUCACAACUUUUGAGGCUAUCUGUUAGGAGGGAAUUUUUGGGAAGUGAUUCUUCGGGUCGACUAUAUUGGGCUUCAGCCACACUGAGUGGACAUCCAAGGGUUAUUGUUUGUGGUAGUAUUGUGCCGCACGAAAGAAAAAUUAUGUAUCAAGGAGGCCUCAUGGAUAAGAAUUUUGUCAUGCACAGUUCUGCUUUAUUUGGCUUAGAUACUUAUUUGAAUUUAGAGGGAUCAAAAGCUUGCUGUCCAUUCCCAUAUGAGCUGAACGAUGCUAUGGCCCUUUGUUCAUCAUGGGCUUGUUAUGAAAGUGAUGCAGAAAUUGAUGAACUGAUUGGUUGGUUGAAGGAUAAUGACCCCAAGGGAAGAGAACUGAAAGAGUCCAUUUUCCUGUGGCAUAAGCUGAGAUUCCAGGCCUCUUGGAAAAAUGAAAGGCAAGGGCAGGAUGAGCCUGAAAUGGUUUUGUCAUCGAGCAGAAAUAGUGAUAUAGUUGGAUCUUCAAAUGGUCUUGUUACCAAGGCAGCCAAAUUGCUUGAGACGAUGUACGGUCCAUGCCUUGAGUUGGAAACAACUGAAAUUUUGAAGAAGCGUGGUAAGAAAGCAAGAGUAGCCAAUGAUGAGAAGAUGUACAGGUGUGAUUGCUUAGAACCCAUUUGGCCUACUAGGCACCAUUGCUACUCUUGCCACAGAACCUUUUCCACUGAUGUGAAACUUGCGGAGCACAAUGAUGGCAGGUGCAGUUCAGGUGCACCAGUCGCUGAGAAGAGCAAGGAAACGGUUGAUAUAAAGAAGGGCAAAGGAAAUCCAAGAUGCGAGGUUGUUCGAGAAGAGUUCAUACGGGAAAUGGAUGUUUUAGAAACUUCAAAAGGUGGAGGUUCUCAGCUCAGCUCGAGGUUGAUUAAAUAUCAGAAUGGACUGGUAUGCCCGUAUAACUUUGAUGAGAUCUGUUCCAAGUUUUUGACACAGGAUUCGAACAAGGACUUGGUGCGGGAGAUAGGACUUAUCGGUUCAAGCGGAAUCCCAUCUUUUGUUGAAUCCAUAUCUCCCUACCUGGGUGAUUCUGUGUUGCUAAUGUUAAGUCCUCAGAAAGACGUGGGUGGUCCAGUUGAUGGGCCCAACCCUACUGAAUGGCCAGUUACACUGGGAAAUACUAGUAGAACAAAUGCAGGCCAUAACAGUGGACGUGACAAUUCUCCCAGAAGAUCUGCUGCAACUGAAGACAGUCAAGUGCUAAAAAAUAACAAGCCAGCUCUCGGAUAUUUGGAAAAAAGAUCCUUUUUAGAUGGCCAUUCUUCAGAUAUAGGUGUCAAUUGCUGCUGUGUGGUCCCCGUGGCUUCAUUGAGGCCAUUAGUAGGUAAGGUUUUGGAGAUUUUAAGGCAACUCAAGAUCAACUUACUUGAUAUGGAUGCUGCACUCCCUGAAGAAGCUCUGAGACCAUCAAAGUCACAUGUGGAGAGGAGAUGGGCCUGGCGUGCAUUCCUUAAAUCUGCUGGUACAAUAUAUGAGAUGGUUCAAGCAACAAUCAUAUUGGAGGACAUGAUUAAGACAGGAUACUUAAAGAAUGAGUGGUGGUAUUGGUCUUCACUCUCAGCUGCUGCAAAGACUUCUACUCUCUCAUCCCUUGCCUUACGUAUAUACUCCCUUGAUGCUGCUGUCAUAUAUGAGAAGAUCCCAUCCAGUUUAGAUCAGAGUGACAAAUUGGACCCUAGCAGCAUACCAGAUCUGAACCCACUUCCAAGCUUGGCUUUAGCGGAGAAAUCCAAGGUCACCAGGAAGUCUAACAAGAAGAGGAAGGAGCCAGAUGGUUAAGCUUGGGACUCACGGUUAUUUAUUUCCCAAGUAAUUCGGUCCAGGCAAAUUUGAUCCUGGGCGAAGCACCAGCGGGCAUGUGCCUGUUGCACCAGCGGACAUGUGCCUGUUGAUGAUCAGAGAAGCACAUUGUGUGUCAUAUCGGGUCAGAUAAGUUGUGGGAACCUAUUUGGAAGGCGGCUGCUGCAAAUCUUAUGCGUGUACAUAAGAGGUAAAGCUGACUUGCUAACUCGGAUGCUCGGUGGGGAAGCAGAGUUUGCUUGAGCAUCUGCUCGGAGGAUAGAGUGAUAAUGUAUCAGGAUUCAUCCAAUUUUGGAUUGAUUCCGCCGCAGCCUUCAGGUUUAUUGCUUGGAAAGAGAGAAUACUUGGAAGGAUAAUUUUCUCACAAAGAGCAAGGUCCAUAUACAUAUAAUACAGGGAAUUCAUGUAAAACAAGCAAAAAGGAAAAAACAAAACGAAAUUAGAAAGAGUCGAAGUUGAGCAGGUCUAGUCAUAUUCCAUUCUUUAUUCAUCAUUCUGUGCCCCACCGUGCUUUUGUUGUUUUGGAAUUAAAUGAGGUUUUGAUGGA